CCGUCUGAGCUGCCGACAUGCCAUCCAGACUGAGGAAGACCCGGAAACUUCGGGGCCACGUGAGCCACGGCCACGGCCGCAUCGGCAAGCACCGGAAGCACCCAGGAGGCCGGGGUAAUGCUGGUGGCAUGCAUCACCACAGGAUCAACUUCGACAAAUAUUACCCAGGAUACUUUGGAAAAGUUGGUAUGAGACAUUACCACUUAAAGAGGAACCAGAGCUUCUGCCCAACUGUCAACCUUGAUAAACUGUGGACCUUGGUCAGUGAGCAGACACGGGUAAAUGCUGCCAAAAACAAGACUGGAGCUGCUCCUAUCAUUGAUGUGGUGCGAUCGGGCUACUACAAAGUUUUGGGAAAGGGAAAACUCCCAAAACAGCCUGUCAUCGUGAAGGCCAAAUUCUUCAGUAGAAGAGCAGAGGAGAAGAUUAAGGGUGUUGGGGGCGCCUGCGUUCUAGUAGCUUGAAGCCACAUUUGAGGGCGUUCAUUAAAUGCUAACAAGUGCUUUUCUCUUCUGGUCUGGGUGUAAAUGCUUUAGCACCCCUACCUCCUUACCUGUACAUCAGAAAUCCACCUAACAGAUUCUAGGAGUAAGGGUAUGAGGGCCUGAGACCCUCUGCCAACUCCCCUCAGAAAGUGUGAAAGAGAGCACCAGCACUUAGAGGACUUGGCCCAAUACCUAACUUGAACAUUUUCAUUUAUAACAU